ACACAGGAAGGUCACCCCAUCCCCCACCAUCAUCAGGGUGAAGAUCUGAUGAACAUGAAAGUUGAGGGUGAAGUAGAAGAGACGUAUGUGAGGGAUGAUCAGCAAUAUAUGAAGGAGGCUGGAGUGACGAGGACAUUCAAAGAGGAGGAGGACACUCCUACAGAGAUCAGCACAGGACAUGUCAUGGAGAAACCCUCAAAGGAUCGUCUCACUUUAUCUUCAGGGUGUAAAAUGGAAGAUGAGGACAUCACAAGAGAUUGUGCAGGAGAAAAGACCACAAGCUCAGUUAUGGAUGGAGGACUUCACAGUGUGGAUAGACCAUCAAAUCCCUCUGACUCUGAGCAACCUCGUACUGUGAGGGAUGGUGUCGGAAUUCAGGGGGAGGAGAAAUUUUCCUGUCCUGAGCGUGGGGAAAGUUUUAACUCUGAAUUAAGUCUUACUGUACAUCAGAGUGAGAAGCUCCAUUCCUGUUCUGAGUGCGGGAAAUGUUUUCUUCAUAAAUCAGAACUGGUCAUACAUUGCAGAUCUCACAGGGGGGAGAAAAUGCAUUCCUGCUCUGAGUGUGAUAAAUGUUUUACAGCAAAAUCAAAACUUACUAGACAUCAAAGAUCCCACACGGGGGAGAAGCCGCUUUCCUGUUCUGAGUGUGGGAAAAGUUUUACAGCUAAAUCAAAACUUACUAGACAUCAAAGAUCUCACACGAGGGAGAAGCCAUUUUCCUGUUCUGAGUGUGGGAAACGUUUUUCAGAUAAAUCACACCUUUUUAGCCAUCAGAGAUCUCACACGGGGGAGAAACCGUAUUACUGCCCUGAGUGCGAAAAAUGUUUUUCAAAGAAAUCAAACCUUGUUGCACAUCAAAUAUUGCACAAGGGGGACAAGCCAAACUCCUGCCCUGAGUGUGGGAGAUGUUUUGCAAGGAAAUCAGACCUUGUUAAACAUCAGAUAUCUCACACAGGGGUAAAGCCGUAUUCCUGCACUGAGUGUGGGAAUUUUUUUUCACAGAAAUCAAACCUUGUUGCACAUCAGAUAUUGCACACGGGGGAGAAGCCAAACUCCUGCCCUGAGUGUGGGAAAUGUUUUGCAAGGAAAUCAGACCUUGUUAAACAUCAGAGAUCUCACACAGGAGAGAAGCCGUAUUCCUGCCCUGAGUGUGGGAAAUGUUUUUCACAGACCUCAGGUCUUGUUUCACAUCAGAGAUCUCACACUGGAGAGAAGCCAUAUUCCUGCUCUGAGUGUGGGAAAUCUUUUUCACAGAACUCAAGUCUUGUUUCACAUAAGAGAUCUCACACGGGGAUGAAGCUGUAUGACUGCCCCGACUGUGGGAGAUGUUUUUCACAGAAAUUAAGCAUUAUUUCGCAUCAGCCAUCUCAUGCUGGGGAAAAGCCCUUUCUCUUAUGUUCAUUGCCAGACACAGCCUCUUCUUUAUCCAUGACCAAACAGAGUUUUAUAGCCCCACAGACAGGAGUGGGACACUAGGCUGAAAAAAAACUCAGCAUGUCCUUUGGGCAGUUCUCUCUGGGUUUAAAACCCCCACUCUGCUAUAGGCAACCCAGUCAUUUAGCCAAGUGUUUUCAGGAACACGGACCUGGUUUUCUGUUGGGACUUGUGGUCCUAUAUAUAUAUUUUUUUACAUUUAAUUUCUUUCCUGAGAUUUUUUCCUUCCUGCAGAGAAUCAUCAACAGUCGGGCUGGGCAAUGGGCUGAAUAAUCUACAUACAGUGAUCACCCCAGUCUGACCAGCAGGCACAUGCUGAGCUCUGGGUCAGCACCGACAUGCCCCAUCCUGAACAGAGGUGACCAGCAAGUUAAACGUCUCGCGGGGACACAUAUGACCAAUUUCACAGUCCUUUAGUCCCUGGCCAACAGCCCACUUAAACUCCUUGUGUCGACACAUAUGACCAGUGUCACAAUCCUUGUCACAGAAUAAUCCCUGGCCAACAGCCCUCCCACUUCUGUGGAUAGGAGGAUCUAUCAUGGGAGCCUUACCCCUACGCUCCAGUGGAUUGGUACUGUUGGGGGGGGGGGGCUCACAUGCAUGCAUGCAGCCACCAUGUUGCCAUGUUUCUGGAGCCGCAGACAAAUUUUUCCUGGGUUUUGGAGAGAUUUCUGUACUUUCCAUGCCCGGUGGCAAUUUUGCCUGGGACUGACUGGCUGUAUAGGCUAUAGGAGCUGGCUGAGGGAGGUCCAGAGUGGCCAUUUUCUUGUAACCAUGUCCUUCCUUCUGAGGGUCAGAGAAUGUAGCAGCAGGCCUUGGAACUCAUGGAGCAUGGUUCUGGGCAGGACACAGCAGCAACAGCAUGUGGGUGAUUCCUUGCAACCUCUGGUGGUUCUCUCUCUCUCUCUGCUAGGUAUACUGGAGAUGGUCUCUCCUUCUUAGUGCCUUGUGGGGACCCUGGUUGCAGCAGCACCCAUUGGGUGGUGGGUCUGAAAACUCACUCUACCAUUCUGGAGUAAUUUGUCUCCCGAGUGGAGGCGGCGUUUGUACUCAAGGCAAGCAAGAAGCACCCCCCACCAUCACCCUUUUCCUCAGACUGUACUGAGCCUGAGUUAAGUUUCACCACUGCCAGAUCCACAUUUUCUGCAAAUCCCAGUGACAUAUCCCCUGAAUCCUUGGAUGGGGAGGAUGGUUCCUCUGCCUUUGUGGCUGCACAGGAGAAGGCGUUGGUCACCGCUCUCAUUGAUUCUAAAACUGUGGAUUACGCUGGGGCAUCUGAUGUGGUACCUGUUCCCUUUGGUAUACACAAGCCAGUGUGAGCUGCUAAGGUUUUCCCUUAACCCACAUAUUCCGACAAAUUUGUCUACAAGAACUGGGUUUGAUCGAAGCAUCCAAUUGAACUUCACGGUAUGCUUCACCUUAUCGGUCUCCUGAUCAGGAUGCAAUCGGACAAUGCCACUGCGGUGGCAUAUAUCAAUCAUAAGGUAUGAGAAGUGCGGCAGCGGCACUGGAGGCAUCUCCCAUCCUACAAAACGUGAAAACGUUUGUUCCAGCUCUGUCCGCCGUACACAUUCAAUGUAUCAAAAACUUGCAAGUGAAUUAUCCCAGCCUUCAGACACUGGAUCUUCUGUCCCAAGGGCUGGUAUUCCACCCUGCUUUAUCGUUGCUGGCUUAGACUGGGUGGCUAUUGAAAGCCAGGUUUUGAAGGUUGGGGGUUGUCUGCCUUGUGUUUCCGACUAUGUUAAAGGCUCAUAAGUCUACUUCUCGGAAGAAUUUUCACCAUCAUUUGGUGUGAAGCUUUGGGGUUCCAUCCUUGCUCAUUCUCAGUGGCUUGGGUGUUGGCUUUUCUCCAGCAGGGCGUGGAUCAGAAACUUUAAGCACGAUCAAGGGUCAAGUGUCUGCUCUGGCUGUUUUCUCUCAGCGUCCCUUGGACACACAUUCUUUGGUUCGCACUUUCAUUCAAGGGGUUCGUCAUAUGGUGACCCCUGUGCGUUCUCUGUUGCCACCGUGGGAAUUGAAUUUGGUGUUGUCGGCUCUACAGAAGCCACUGUUUGAAAGCAUUUGGAAUUUUCCCUUGCUUACUCUCUUGCAGAAUGUUGCCUUCCUAGUCGCUAUCGCUUUGGCUCAGCAGGUGUCGGAUUUGGCAGUUUUGUCCUGUAAGCCGCCUUAUUUGAUUUUACACAAGGACAAGAUGGUGCUUCAGCCACCCUCUUUUUUUUCCUUUUGAAGGUGGUGUCAGAUUUUCCUUUCAAUGAGGACAUUGUCCUUCUUCCUUCCUUGCCCUCGGUUGUCGCACCGUAAGAAGGUGGCAGCGAUCCGUGUGUACCUUUCUGUGAUGGCCACUUUUCAGAGGUCCGAUUCUCUUGGAUGGUCAUGGGAAAAGGCAUGAUGGCCUCUUCUGUCACCUUGUUAGACAUCAGAGAUCUCAUGGAGGGGUGUGGCGGUGAGCUGACUGUACCUGGGAUCAGUUUGCGGGAGGGUCACUAAACUUGCUCUAA